AUGGCUAUUGCCGAGGAUGUUAUUGAAAAGCAAAAAGUACUACCAGAAUUGCGGUUUUUCAUACAAGAUUUUCAUACGCUUCUGUCCGUAGCACGAAAUAAUUUCAAUAUAGAGAAAGCAAAGUCCCUAGUCAAAGAGAAAGUCAAACAGAAUAUCAAAGAUAAAGUCAAGGAGAAAGUCAAGGAAAAAGUAAAAGAGAAAGUCAAAGAGAAAGUCAAACAGAACAUCAAAGAGAAAGUCAAAGAGAAAGUCAAGAAGAAAGUGAAGAAGAAAGUCAAACAGAAUAUCAAAGAGAAAGUCAAGGAGAAAGUCAAGGAGAAAGUCAAAGAGAAAGUCAAAGAGAAAGUCAAGGAGAAAGUCAAGGAGAAAGUCAAAGAUAAAGUCAAGGAGAAAGAGAAAGUCAAAGAGAAUAUCAAAGAGAAAGUCAAAGAUAAAGUCAAGGAGAAAGUCAAAGAGAAAGUCAAGGAGAAAGUCAAAGAUAAAGUCAAGGAGAAAGUAAGGGAGAAAGUCAAACAGAAUAUCAAAGAGAAAGUCAAGGAGAAAGUCAAGGAGAAAGUAAAAGAGAAAGUCAAACAGAAAGUCAAACAGAACAUCAAAGAGAAAGUCAAAGAGAAAGUCAAGAAGAAAGUGAAGAAGAAAGUCAAACAGAAUAUCAAAGAGAAAGUCAAGGAGAAAGUCAAGGAGAAAGUAAAAGAGAAAGUCAAAGAGAAAGUAAAGGAGAAAGUCAAGGAGAAAGUAAAAGAGAAAGUCAAGGAGAAAGUCAAGGAGAAAGUCAAAGAGAAUAUCAAAGAGAAAGUCAAAGAGAAAGUCAAGGAGAAAGUCAAGGAGAAAGUCAAAGAGAAAGUCAAAGAGAAAGUCAAGGAGAAAGUCAAGGAGAAAGUCAAACAAAAUAUAAAAUAUAAAGUCAAGGAGAAAGUCAAAGAGAAAGUCAAGGAGAAAGUCAAAGAUAAAGUCAAGGAGAAAGUCAAGGAGAAAGUCAAAGAUAAAGUCAAGGAGAAAGUCAAACAGAAUAUCAAAUAUAAAGUCAAGUAG